CGACAAAUGUCACAGGAAGGUCAUGAAUCAACAAAGAAUAAAGAACAACAGUUGACAGAUAAACAACGAGAAAAGAAAACAAAGAAUUUUUCGGCUUGGGACAAGAUCCGUGAAAACAUUACAGAGUUUGGCAAUGAUGCUUUUCAUCACGCCUCCAUUCUCACAUCAGAUUCACCCAGCCCCUCUCGUGCCAAUAUUCCCAAGUCAAAUAUACCACAAAUGCAUAAAAAGCAAACAUACAACCCAUUUUUACGAAAUCAGAACGGAUUUGAUCAUAACAAGAUGAGUUUGGCUAAUACAACACUCGUAGCUGCUCAAGCAGCAGGCAUGUCCAAUUUUGUACGAGGCUUUAAACCAAAGAUGGGCGCUGGACGACAUAAUGGCGCAAUCUAUGCUACUUCAACUGCUGUUCAACAAGAUAUUUACAGACUUGAGCGAGACUUGGAGAAAAUAUUGAGUCAUAUCAACACUCGAUCUCAGGAUGCAAGCUUUAUUGAUAAUAAUGCAGCUGUCAAAAAGGAAUUAAAUAAUUUUUCAGUAAAGGCAAGCAAAAAGACGAAAUUUUUAAGAUAUUCAACAACAUUGUCGGAUGAACUGCUUGAACAGUCUGAACAGGCAUCGAAUGUGACAAGAAUAUCCGCCAAUAUGACUUCCAUUAUGGACAUUAUGAAAAAACAUAAAUCAGCUACUCGAUUACCCUUUUCAAGUGACAUCUUGGCUGUUCUCUUUGUCCCUUUUGAUAGAAAACCUCAGAAAACCGAGGAUUGCAAGCAAGCGCUGGAUACGUUUGACUACAUUAGAAAUCGUUUUAAACUUUUAGAUUCCUCAGAACACUUUGAGCAAGUCUUGUUUUGUUGUAGCAUUCUAAGCUCAAGCGAUACCAUCUUAAAAGAAAGAGUUAUUGGUAUACUGAACAAUCUAGUUGAACCUUGUGUUGAGUUCCCAAAUUAUCUACCUUCAUCACCAGCUGCGUUUCAGUCAUUAGUCUACGCAUUUACAUAUAUCAUUAACAGACACACUCCCAAACUGGAUACCCAAGAGGCUGCGAAUAAUAGUUCUUUCGUACGUUCUAGUGUACUCGAUUUAUUGGAUAAGCUGUCAGAAGGAAAACUUGUGUCCGUCGCAGACGAUCACUGGACCUCAAACUAUCAAGUGAUAGGAGCUGCGCCUAGAUCUUUAGCAAGAAUAUGCGUUCUAGAAUCACUAUGCAAAUGUCUAAUGGCCAACGUCUGCAGGCAGACAAACUCUGUCAAAGAGCCUGAUCAAGUAUACGAUGAUCAUAGUAUAGGUUCAUUGUUGGAACUUGUGCAGCGAUACUGGAUUGAACCAGAUACAAGCAUAUUGCCCGCGUACUGGAAAGUUUUAUUUUUACUGACAGAACUGGCAAGUGACGUGUCCUUGUCUAUGGAACAGGUCAAUAUAUCUACUGUAUCCCAAUUACUCAUGUUUAUCCUGGAAAAUCUUGCCCCUUCCAAACUUCGCAGCCACAUAGGUGACCAGCCCACGGACAGCAAGCAAAAGUCUGUCAUCUUCAAUCUCGUCACUAUGUUGCUGUGCUUUUUAUCGAUAGACUGCGACACGAUCUCUCCUAAGCCAGUAACUCCACUGAUGAGCCCAAGCGUGUCUCCGAACAUAAGCCCACAACCGUCCAUAAAUGAUAUGUCACCCUUGAUCAGCUCUCCUGUCAUCACAGAAGAACAAGAGGUUCUGUCAAUUAAAGAUGAGUCUAUAGUACAGCUACUUGAUACAGCUAAGGCGUACUUGAUCGAAUUAUGGAACCUUGGCUACAAAGGCUAUAUACUAAAAUGCACAGAAGCCUUGAUUCAAGAUAUUGACGCGGAUAAAUUAGCAAACGUAUACAACGCCUUACUCUUUCACGUUGACUCAGCUAUAGGACAAGAGAUAGCAAAGUCGACAGUUCAAACACUGUUUAAGAGAAUAGUGGACACAACACCGCCUCCUACACCAUCAUUCUGUAAUAUGCUGCAUGAAAUAGCAAAAACCUUCAGGCCUAUAUUUUACAAGCCCGUUGUGUCCUGCGUUGCCUCAGACGACAAUGAGAAGGUGGCAAGCUUGUUGAAACUUAUUACACAUAUUCGACACUACCUUACUGGGGUUCAAUUCUGGAUGCAAGAUGCAGAAAUGAUCAACGUAUUACUCUUGAGUGACGUCGGAACAAACAAGACACAAAGAGAAGCCAAUUCCUCUCAGGCUAACGACGGCAUCCCCGCCCCUCAGACUUUCUGGGGAAACACAACGCUAGGACAAUGUAUUAUUGCAACAGAGCUUGUAUGGGUAUUGAAGGAGUUACGAGAAAAGCAAAAGGAUCCGUUAAGAAACAUGGAAGAAGACGAGAUUGCGAAAAAAUUCUUGAUUGACCUUGAACGGCGACUGGCAUUGUUCUUGACUGCCAAAGAAAAGAAAGUGAUCGUGCCACUGCCUUUGCGGGUAAUUCUCUGUAAUAUCUUUUUGAACAUUCGCUUCUUUUGUAAUACGACACAUCGACCGGGAUGGCUGAACUGUGUCAUCAGCUGGGCCACACAGCCGUUGACCAAAGAUAUCUUUACUCAAAACUCUCCGGCAUCACCACUAAGCACGCUUCUGUCCGAAUUUGAUUCGUCCAUGGGCCAUAUGCCUUUACUUGAUGCAAGCCAGAUCAGCAAAGUAUCCGUUAUGUUUCUGAGAAUGCAAAAUGCGUUCUUGGACGUAAUGGAACAGUUUAGAAACAGUGCUUUACAGGAUAACAUACGUAGGAGAACACAACAGCAACAACAGGAGACAACACCCGGUUUGCUAAAUCCAGAAAUAUCACAAGUUCCAAGGCAUCAAAGAUAUCGGCAGGUACAGUCAAUAUACAGCAUGAACAGCUCAGCCGCCGCAUUCCUUUAUCUGGAUCCUCCCGAAUUUGUUCAAGAUGGAAAUAGCCAUGAAGAAGGAGAGACUACCAACAGUCUUGGUUUUAAACUAGCAAAGUAUAGAUUUGACCAUAUUUGUGAACUCAAUCAGGAUGCCUUUGGAUCAGUAUUAUCUCUGUUGGCAGCUGUAUAUGCCACGAUAUCAUCACAAGAGUAUGAGCGUUUUGUUAAAAUCUUAUGGGAAGUUCAUAUGAACGAUAAAAGACCUGCCUCAUACGUCCCUGCUGUAUUUUUGCUAAUGCAAUGUGGUGAAAAGAUACCCAAGGUGACGGUUGAUGUAAUUGUCAAAUGCCUACACAGCGACGACCCUGCAAUUAAGCUUUCAGAAAUCCAAAAACUGUCUUCACUUAUGGGCUUCAGAUUUAAUGUGCUCAACCAAGAGUUCAUUCAGGUCUCAUCUCACAACAAGCCUUUUCGUGGAGAUGGUGGGACGUUUUCGACACCCUUUGUCCCGACUGACCUUGGAAGCAACGAAUUUACGUUAGAUGAACCUCGAUGGAUGUCCAAGUUGAGGAAUACAAGCAAUUUGCCUAUUGAACUAAAACGACAAAUACAAGAAUUGGGAUGGAAUGAAGAUGAUAAUGGAGAAGAGUAUGAGGCCUUAAAGAAGGUCUUGACACCCCUUUGUUUAUUACCCUCGCUGUUUCUUGAAGAGGAUGACGAAAGGACAAAUGAGGAAGAUGAAUUGGGUAUAGCCGUCAUACGUGAGCGUGGAAAAAUAGUCAACAUCAGCAAAGCGAUUGCAAGAAAGAAGAGGAUGGCGUCUGUCUAUUCGUUUACAGCCAUAUUUUUAAAAGUAGUAAAUCUAUUGACAGAUAAUUCCGCGAGUGUAUCAAACGCGCUGCGAGAGCUGAUAGAACAAUGCUUAAGAGACGACCCUGCUUAUUUCUUGAAAGCGUUCUUGAACAGCUUGGGAAAAAACAAGGCAGAUAUGCCCACGGAUAUCAUUGCUCAGAUACACCAUAUUGUCAGCCUACAACGCAAACUGCCUCCUGGACUUACAAAUGUUCUGUUUAAUUAUUUGGCUGGGAUGCUCAAGUGGAUUGUCAGAGAAAACAAAAAGAAUGGUCUUGUCUUGAUGACGCUUAUACAUCCUAUCCUGGCUGAGCUGACUCUCUCAACAAAUGAUCUGGCGAUUCGAGACUUGCGAAAGAACAAGAUUGAGCAUCUGUUAGUAAGCACAGGAAAGUUCUGGUUCACGCAUGAACAGCCGAUGGAUAUAUUUCCUAGAUAUUUAUCAAGCAGCCACCAUUCGUUCACAGUGCUCAAAAUUCCUCAGCAAAUAUUCUCUGUUGCUUCUCUGCGUAUCAGCCAUAUUCAAUUCCUCACAAAUUACCUUUUGCGAUUUCCUAGAGAAGUAUAUGCUGUAAAGAAGACAUUACAGGAUUACGAACCAAUGCCGAUACCAGGUUCCAAGCGAGAACCAAGGUACUUUCUUGAAAAGACAUACUAUCCAGACAUAUCAUGUAGUAAGAAACACCGUUUGCAUCAUACACACAAAGAAACACAAGAGGAUCAAAUUGAUAAAGAAAUGCUUGCAUCAAUGCGCGUUCGUGCUUGGUUGCGCUUUAUAGACGUUCUGUUGAACGGCCUCAACAAGAACUAUAAUGAUCGAGACGAGCUUGAAAGGAUUUUGCAAGGAGUUAAUUCGAUCAUAACCGAGUUCAACCAUGACUUUGGCAUCAUCAGCCAAGCACUAGUGCUGUACACUCGCGUUGUGACAAGAUUCAAGCGUCUGUUCAAAUCAAAUAGGGGUUAUGUCAUCUUUCUCCCUGCUUUAUUCAAGGUGUUUUGUGAAUCUGAAUCUUGUGUUCAGGUCACCUCUGCAAUUGCCCUUGCCUGGUGCAGGUUCUACGCUGUUCAUCAAGAAGCCUUUGUAUUCCAAAUGCUGGGAUCCCUAGUUCCGUCUGUUCUUGCAGCAUACGAAAAGUCAAACGAGCUUGGUUCCUGGAUGACUGAAAAUUUAUUUACCUUGAUCCAAGUCAUGGACCGUCCUCCACAGCUAGGCUCAUUUCCUGAUACACUAGGUUUGCAAUUACAGCUUGAACUGGACGACCGCGAGCGAGAUAUUCAAGAUCGGAUCGACUCGAUCAGCAAUCCAACAUCACUUCCUUUACCAGCGGCGAUCUUUAAGCCCCUAGCAAGAAGUGCAACGGCACCUAUGGGACAAAUAGAGACUACCAGCUAUAGCAGUCGAUCAUUUAAGCUAGAAGACUUCAUUAAGUUGUUCCUUACCGUUAUUGCCUAUGAUCCAAGUUCUCUUCGAGCAGAGCAAUUUGUUAAACUGCUUACGCAUCUGAUACCAUCAUUCAAUAAGUUAUCGCGUUUAAAGAAGAUAUUGCAAGAAGGUGUUUCUGCUCUGGUUGACGUGUUUGUAAAGUUUAGUAAAACGGCAAAGCCUGUGAUAGUUACAAAUGCAAAGACUGCCUCAGGAGAAUACCAAGGCGUACCUUCAAGUGAUCGUAAGCAAGGGCUAAGCAAUAUCGCCCGAACGGGGGCUAAGACUGAUUCUGCGCAAAAUGCUUAUGGAAAGCAAUGGCAGCAGAACGAUAGGUUUACCAUCAAGCAAGAGUUUAUCACGCUAGUUCAUACCUAUAUGAAGCAUGGAGGAAGGUUAUCAGAAACAUCUCACGAAAAAAUGGCACAGAUCAUACGUACGGUGUUGCGUGACUAUCGCAGUAUCAAGGGUCUGACUAUCAAAACUGAUUGGAUAAAGGAUUAUCUUGUAGACUCUUUGCACUCCAUGGUCGAUACUAGGAACUACACCAAGUCAUUAAAAAAAGUACUAAACGAGAUCUACGUACAGUACCGUACACAGUGGAAAGCAGUCGAUGCUUCUGACCUCUAUGAGGGGUUAGCCAUCAUGCUCGAACAGGGACAGGGCAAAGCGAUCAUGAUGCACGAUAUGGCUGGAGUCAUCAAGGAUAGAUUUAUCCCGUUUGGCUUGACAGUAGCAACAUUAACCAGCUGGGAUAAUGAAAGCGACCAUGCCAAAUUUUGCAAUUCGCUGGUACGCUUGAUUAUCGCGAUCCUUGAGAACUCUAAUCAGGAUGUAUUUACAGAAAUUGAACGACAGACACCCUCAGUAGAGUUGAUCGGCCGUAUCAUCAUUCCUCUAUGUUUUCAGUAUAAUCUUCAAUGGGGGUACAGUAGCGUAGGCAUGUCGAGUGCAUUUAAACCUAAUCCUGCAAACAAUUGGACGAGAUUGUUGAACUUUUUAUCUAACAUUUGCAGUCAUGCCUCUCUUUUGAAAAGCAAAUCUUCUGGAUUUUCCCUUUCUCAACUAGCUACCAUGGGACAAUCGAAUACGGAAGAUGGGGUCGAUGCAGCAGAUAUUCCAGAGACAAAGGAUGGGAAACAGACGCCACAGUCAUUAGCUGUGCUAUUUUCACUUUGUUUGGUUGCUAUCAAGAUUGUUCUGGUGAGAGGACGAGCUACAUUUAAUGACCUCAAAGGAUCGUGGUCUCAAAUCGCAUUCUUUAUAAGAAACACUCUAGUAUUUGGCCAGACAUUAAAACUUCUUCGAUCGAAAAGCAGCCGUUCAGACCAACAUAAUGUCAGUACUCCAACUGAUGCUCAUUCCCCUUUCAUGCCUUCGCCUUCUGUUUUGUCGCCCCUUGGUCUUUCAACGCCUGGAUUAUCUCCUUAUGCAACAAGUAAUCCAUUAUCUUCAUCAGAUCCUCGGGCCAACUUUUCCUUCAACGCAACAGUUGGCGUGGGCACAAUUUAUGACUUUACUACAUGGAGGUUCCUGGAAUUUAUUGUAUCCUUCCGUAGUCCGCUCUUUAUCCUUUUAAAAGACUUUAUAUACCAAAAGCUGGAUCAGAUUGGUAAUACUAGUAGCAACUAUCAACCUUCAUUUUAUAGCCCAAGAGCAAGCUUUAAUUUUCCUCAUGACAAUACCCGUUGGAAAAGCUGGGGUGCUGAUCUUAGUAGUGUGAGCAGUAGCACCGGAGGCAAUCAAAGCAAUAACAACACCUCUCCCCAGAAUAUCACUAUUCCAAAGCUAAAUAUAGAAGAAGUAGAAGAUACCAGCGUUGAUAUGAACGUUGAAGGUUCACCAACAUUUGGGCUUGGUCUCCAUUUGACCAAUAAGCCUAGCAAUACGAGUCCGUCAAUGUCAGUCCAUAUACCACCUGUUCCUAGUUCUCCUGCGUUAUCUGUGCAUUCACCAACAGGGUUCUCAGAGACAGAGGGUAACAUGCCUCAUUCACCAAAGCAAGCGCCUGGUCCUAAACAACAAGAGCCAAGUUCAAACUUGCCAAAAGAGAAUGUGCUACACAUGCUACAUGCAGAGACAAUCACCUCUAUUGUCAAUACCCAGAUUUCAGUAGGAGUCAAACCAUCGUUGCCAUGGAUCGCUACAAGCUCUCAACAAAGAGUUAAGCUAUGGAGUAAUAAGGAUGUAAUAGCAAAGAUGGCAAAUGAAUGGCAAUUAUUACUUCAAUUAUGUGCUGAAUCUGAUAUCUUUGCUCUCAAAGGUGCAAACAUUUCUUCAUCAAACAUCCCUGCGUCUCCCUUGGUAUAAUCCCCUUUUACAUAUAUAUAUAUAUAUAUAUAUAUAUAUAUAUAUUCUGCCUGUACGUUGCACGCAUUUCAUGCCACAACCCCUUUAUUGAAAUAAAUACACGCUUCAAAUUAGUUGAGCGCCAAAAAAUUU